GAUGCGGAUAUACACUGGCUUGACCCAACAUACUUCGGCACAUGUGAAUGCGAGACGUAUGCUAGAAGGGUAAAGAGUUAUUUAUCUUGUGUCAUUUUUCUUUGCACAUAUAGCCCAUACAUUAGUCAUUUCUAUUACUAUUAAAUAGUUGAGAAGUCUGUGGCAGAACAAUGACUGAAUGAACUUCGACUAUGGUACGUUGCGCGCAAAUAAGUUGGCGAACGUUAGUUGUGGUGGCUAAAAACAUACUGAUGACAUUCUAGUCAGUUCGGGCAAGAUGCGACUCAGCUAUCCAAAAUCCACAGCCUCUCCACUCAACUGAAGACAGGUCAUUGCGUAAAGCAGUCUAAUACUGAAGGUUAUGCUUGUUUACUCAGUGAACGGUUUCUCUUCAGAAUGGAGGAAGACUCAUUAAUAGCGCCGGUGGUCCCCUCUAAAUUCUUAUCAAAUCAUGAGGGAUUCCUGGGCACCAUUAAAAACUGCACCCAAGAUUUUGUCGUGACAGAAAUAAACAUCCACGGUCAGCUGGUUACCAAAGCCACCUGUGGGUCACCCUCAGGCCAAGUACACGAGGAUAGUGAAAAAUGCCACAAUCCCAAACGACGUAGGAUUGAAGAGAACACAGUAUCCAGCCUCGGGUCAGGGCAAACCACAACCAUUCAAGACGGCACUGACCAAGUCACGGAUGACAGUGAUGUCACUGAGGUGCUUCAGUCAGAUUCUUUUGAUCUUAGUGUGAUCUUGGGGUGCUCAGUGUCUGAACAGCUGGAACUUUUCACGACUGCCUUGAGACUCGAGGGCAGUACGCCUGUGCUUGAUGAUGGUAGGACAGCAAAAGGACAAUUGUCCCUGGGCACGUUCACUGAUAAAGCCCAGAGAGCCAACGUCCACAGAGCCGUACGCCACAACUACCCGUUUCUGAUGACCGAAACAAACCAGGCAGAGAUCCUCGUGAAGGAAGACCCCGACUUCAAAAAGCUCUCCAGCCUCGUGUCUGAGGGAGACUGUGAGGACUUCUUCAGGUUCAUAGACGCCAAGGUCACUGGAUCUACGUUCACGUUCAAACCAGACGCCAGUAAGGAGCAUAGGACCUCUGUGCAUCAUUUUCUCAUGGGCAGAUUUGGAAAACUGGUGGAGACAAAGUGCUUCGCCAACCAGAACGGCAGCGCCAUCACUGUGAGGUUAAGAGAGAAAGGCAAGCCACACAGGAAGAGAUCAGCUGCGGAUGCUGGUGUUGAAGACGACACUCCCACGUACACUGGUUUCACUUUGCGGAAGGAGAACCUGGAGACCUUGGAGGCCAUCAGCUACAUGGCUGCAGGUCUGGGAGUCCUGCCCUCAGACUUCACCUACGCGGGCAUCAAGGACAAGAGGGCCGUCACCUACCAGAACAUGGUGGUCAAGAAGGUCUCGACACAGCAACUUACAGAGAAGAUCUCGGAGUUCCAACCCAGAGGAAUUACCCUGUCCCACAUCCGCUCUGUGUCGGAACCUCUUCACCUGGGCAGGCUUCAGGGAAACCACUUUGACCUCGUCGUCAGGGACCUCAAACCCCAUGGCAACCGGUGCCAUGGUGACCUGGAGAAGCUGGUGGACGAGGCCGUGGAGAAUACAAAGACGCGGGGCUUUGUCAACUAUUAUGGACCACAGAGGUUUGGGAGCGCACAGAGUAUUCAGGCUGAUCAAAUUGGACUUGCCCUGUUGAAGGAGGACAUGGAGGCUGCCAUCAAGCUAUUCUUCACCCCUAAUGAUGAGGAUGACCUACCAAACAAAGCCAAACAUCAUUUCCUCAACACAGGUAAUGCCAAAGAGAGCCUGGCGCUGAUGCCCGCCUAUAAGGCCCGCGAGCGGCUGAUGCUGCGCGCCCUCCACCGCUACGGCGCGGGGCCACAGGGCAGCGCCCACGCCUGGCUCAGCCUGCCGCACGGCAUGCGCGUCUUCUACCUGCACGCCUACUGCAGCCGCGUGUGGAACGACGCAGCCGCUCACAGGCUGAAGGCGCUGGGGACCAAGCCCACGCAGGGUGACCUGGUCUGGGCAUCGCCAGGGGAGGGAGCUGGGGAGGGCAUGGAGGUCGGUACACCACAGAUCCAUGUGGUGACGGCGGCCGAGGCGGAAGAGGGAGUAUUUUCACUUGAACAGGUGGUUCUGCCGAUGCCAGGGAACACCGUUCAGUACCCAGAGAACCUUCUGGGCCGGUGGUACCGGGAGAGAUUGGCACAGGAUGGCCUCGGGUCCAGUCGUUUCCGGCUGCCCCCUCUGAAGCUGAACGUGCCAGGCUGCUACCGCCCCCUGCUGGCGCGCGCCCACAACCUCACGCACACACUCCUCCCACACAGCGGCGAGGACGCACGCGGCGACGGUGAUGCCGGACGCUCGGAGCAGACACACACGCCGUCUCUGUCGCUGGCGUUCGAUUUGGACGCGUCCUGCUACGCCACCGUCUUCCUCAGAGAAAUUAUGAGGUGUGAUCUGUGAAUCUUGUCUCCAUGGCGACGCCAUAGUGAUAUUUUGUCAGACAGUAUUCCAGUGUAAUGCAGUCUAAUUGUUGUACACAAUGGAGAACAUGCAAUUCAGUGGCUGGACAUUUGUGAACUAUCCAAGGUGACUUCCUGUCCUAGGGAAAUGUAUUGUUCGGAAGUACUGUGCCCAAAUUGUAUUCCUUUUUUUGUUCUUUCAGAGCAUUAGAACAUUUUAUUUCGCAGUCCUCAAUAAGUAAAAUAAUUUUGACAAGUCUUGACCAUAAAGUAAACCAUGACCUCAUGUCUUCAA